AUGCCGAAAGGUGUUACGUCGGUGCCCAUCCCCGAAAAGUCAGGCCCGGUCUUGGCCUUUUAUGCUGCCGGGGAACAGGCUUGCCUAAAGGCAGCGGACGACAUCAUGGCGGAACUUAAGAAGUCGGUGAGGUCUUCUGAGAUCAAUAUCCAGGAGCAGUGGGCCCAGUCAGAAGAUUUAAUCCAGUUUGGUGUGCUGCCACAUCUUAAUAACUCCCACUGCGUGGCUUGCUAUGUGGAGAAGUACGGUCUCUACCUUAUCUCUGCGUACUUUAAGUACAGCGACUCAAUUGACCAACAUUUGCAACACCUAGAGACCGUACUUGACCAGCUAAAGGGCAAGCGCGUUGUCAUCGGAGUUGAUUGCAACGCACACUCGCCACUCUGA